AUGCGUCGCAAGCGUGACGAAUAUGAUGAAGCUUUGAUUGAGCGUGCACAGAAAAGGAUGCUAGAACUCAAUCAGCUCGGCCACUUCUCUGACUUCACAUUCACAGUCCAGGAUGAACAGUUCUUUGUAAGCAAGAUUGUGCUGUCUGCUGUUUCUCCGUACUUCAAGAACCAGUUCGAGACAGAGUGGAGAUUCAAAUCAUCCGUGGAUCUUGAGGAAGAACACAGCGUCGAAGCAUUUUCCUGUAUGAUCGAGUACAUCUACACCUACAGCUAUGAGCAAUCUAUCGGGCAGCUGAGCUUCAUUCCUUCUUCCCACCUGGCAAAGGUCCUUUUUGAGGUUUACUACCUCGCUGAAGAUUACGAGAUCCCUGGUCUCAAAGAGCAAGUGCUGGAGCACCUUCCCUCCGCUGUCAACGGCGUAAAGAGUCCACAGGGGAUUUAUUGUCUGGUGAGCGACCAUUACAUCUCUGACUCGGAAUUGGGCGAGGUCUUUGUGGCGGCCGUCGCGGAUAACGUCCAGGAUAUGGAGACCUUUGAAGACCUUGACAAAGUGAAGCUGUUCCUGGUUAAAACGCCCCGGUUCGCUGCGGACUUGAUCUCUGAGCUGAUUAAGAGAAGAAUCUCAAAUUGCGAAUGUAGCAAUUGA